ACUUGUCUUUUUCGGCGCGUCUGUAGUCGUUAAAUCGCACUAAUCGCGGUAGCUUUUCGUCGCUGCUUCGUAAUUCGGUCAAAAAACUCGCUCGCCGCGUAAUACGUACGUACGUAUUAUCGCUUCGUAGUAUCGCACUUUUGCGAUUCGCACCGCCGCCGCACCUCACCCUAGUCGAGUUAUUUUAAUUUUGUCAACAUUUUUUUCACCUUGUUUUAAAUUACCAUGUACCAUGGGGUUUUCCUCUCACGAUGAUCCGGCGAGCUUGUCGAGAUUUCAGUGCUGCAGAUUUGUGAACCGAUCGACGAGAGUGUUUGUGGCGACGGACGGUUUUGUUGUUUCAAGGUGAUUUCGAAAUCUUAUUCGAAGAAGACUUAAAAUUUAACGUAGAAAAAAAACGACUUAUACAUAAUGGUCUGGGUACCCCCCCGAAUUGAGUGUAUCUUUUUAUUUUGAAUCAAUGGACUCGCUAUCGCCAUAGCAACGGUAGCUGCUUUUAUAUUAAUAUUUUCGUUUUGUCGACAUUGUUGUGUAUACGUAUACACGUUUAUUUGACGACGACGGAGCGGUAUUCGUCGUGUUAUAUUCGGGCAGCCUGUUGCUUUUUUUCAUACUUUUAUUCCACCACGACGAUGUGCACUUAGUAGCUUUUCUUACCGGUACCUAUCCGUACCUAUAUACUUGGACCUAAAUUGACUCUUGCUACUUUAUGUGGUCAAUUAGAGUGAAAAUGUUCGUCUCAUUAUCGUCGACAAGGAGCACCCUCCUGUUCGUCGCAUCGUCGUUACGAAUUCGCUGCAAAAACGUCCUCGAGUUGUGUUGACGUAUACGACCGUGUCUGUGUGUAAAAUUUCGCCGCCGGUGGUGUUGGUUCGAUGAAGAUAACUGUUAAUCGUUUAUAGCAUCGACGAUGGACGAAGAACCUGCCUUUGUGGAAUGACGAUGACGAUAAGAUCUGAACUUUUGGAGAAGUGGCGACCGGCUCAGAUCGAGGUGUGCUGAAGUGUCAGGGUGCGAUGAGUUUGGGUGUUUUACGUACUAUCGUAACCCUAACGUAUUGGUAUUUUUGCUGUAUUGUGGAUAUUAGCGGUUGUUCCGUCGUCAUUACAUUAGUCGUGUUUGAUAAUAAGCUGAACUCUAAGAUGGAUUACCAAUGCAUUAUCGUGUACACGGUGAUUACCAUAUUACCGCCGAGAUACGAGUACGAUGAGCGUACCACCAGAAAUAGUUGUUUCGGAUGUAUUAAGCGGACUAUUAAAAGAGCUGUAGCAGCAUACUUACGGGCUCUCAAUUUAAGCCCCAACAAUGCAGUUGUCCAUGGGAAUCUGGCAUGCGUGUACUACGAACAAGGGCUUAUCGACCUUGCCAUUGACACGUAUCGUCGAGCUAUCGAGCUGCAGCCCAAUUUUCCGGACGCCUACUGUAAUCUUGCCAAUGCGUUGAAAGAAAAAGGGCAGGUAACCGAAGCCGAAGAUUGUUACAACACAGCCUUACGUCUAUGCCCGACUCACGCCGACUCGCUAAACAAUCUGGCGAACAUCAAACGCGAACAAGGAUACAUCGAGGAAGCUACUCGUCUGUACCUCAAAGCGCUGGAAGUAUUCCCGGAAUUCGCCGCAGCCCAUUCGAAUUUAGCCUCGGUGCUGCAACAACAAGGAAAAUUAACGGAAGCACUAAUGCAUUACAAAGAGGCCAUACGUAUUCAGCCGACGUUUGCUGACGCUUACAGCAACAUGGGUAACACGCUGAAAGAAAUGCAGGAUAUACAAGCUGCUCUGCAAUGUUACUCGAGAGCUAUCACGAUUAAUCCAGGUUUUGCUGACGCUCAUAGUAAUUUGGCAUCUAUACAUAAGGACUCUGGAAAUAUCCCCGAAGCUAUUCAAUCGUACAGGACAGCUUUGAAGCUAAAACCCGAUUUCCCUGAUGCGUAUUGCAAUCUGGCCCAUUGUUUGCAAAUCGUAUGCGAUUGGACCGACUACGACGCUAGAAUGAAGAAACUGGUCAGCAUAGUGGCCGAACAACUGGAAAAGAACAGACUACCUUCGGUUCAUCCUCAUCAUUCGAUGUUAUAUCCACUGACUCACGACUACAGGAAAGCUAUCGCAGCCAGACACGCUAAUUUGUGCAUCGAAAAGAUCCAAGUGCUGCACAAACCAACGUAUCAAUUUAGCAAAGAACUAGCCCCGAAUGGACGUCUACGGAUAGGUUACGUAUCCUCGGAUUUCGGUAACCAUCCGACCUCUCAUCUAAUGCAAUCGAUACCCGGAAUGCAUCGUCGACAGAACGUCGAGAUUUUCUGUUACGCCCUCAGCGCCGACGACGGUACCACGUUCAGAUCGAAAAUUGCUCGCGAAUCCGAACAUUUCAUCGAUUUAUCAGUGGUCAACUGCAAUGGUAAAGCAGCCGAUCGUAUUUAUCAAGAUGGUAUUCAUAUCUUAGUCAAUAUGAACGGGUACACGAAAGGAGCCCGAAAUGAGAUAUUCGCCCUCAGACCGGCACCAAUACAGGUAAUGUGGCUCGGUUAUCCUGGUACAAGCGGAGCUCCCUACAUGGACUACAUAGUCACGGACAAAGUAACCUCGCCUGUGGAAUUGGCGUCUCAAUAUAGCGAAAAAUUAGCCUACAUGCCUCACACGUAUUUCAUCGGAGAUCACAAACAAAUGUUCCCUCAUCUCAAAGAAAGACUGGUCGUCGCCGAAAAGGCUCCGAAUAAAGACGUACCGGCUGAUAACGUUGCCGUAAUAAACGCGACGGAUUUAUCACCUAUUCUGGAAAGCACUCAAGUCAAAGAAAUUCGAGAAGUCGUCUCGCCCGAGAUCACCGACAGCAAAUCAUCGAGACCGUUAGAAAUUAGCAUCAAAGUUGCCGAGUUACCUACCACUACACCGAUCGAAACGAUGAUAGCUUCUGGUCAAGUUCAAACUUCGGUGAAUGGUUUAAUUUUACAAAACGGACUGGCUACGAAUCAAACGCACGGUAAAGCAGCUACCGGCGAGGAAGUGCCUCAGAGUAUCGUUGUGACGAGCAGGCAACAGUACGGACUUCCCGAAGACGCGGUUAUUUAUUGUAAUUUUAAUCAAUUGUAUAAAAUCGACCCACCGACGUUGCAGAUGUGGGUAAACAUCUUGAAAGCAGUUCCUAAUGCGGUCAUUUGGCUGUUGAGAUUCCCGGCAGUAGGCGAAGCUCAUUUACAGGCCACCGCUCAGUCGCUGGGCAUCGCUCCUGGUAGAAUACUAUUCAGCAAUGUUGCCGCCAAAGAAGAACACGUGAGACGUGGUCAGCUAGCCGAUGUAUGUCUGGAUACACCGUUGUGUAAUGGGCAUACGACUAGUAUGGAUGUACUAUGGACUGGUACGCCGGUAGUGACGUUACCAGGUGAAACUUUGGCCUCUCGUGUAGCUGCUUCGCAGUUGGCCACUUUAGGUGUUCCUGAGCUUAUCGCUAGAACCAGAGAAGAAUAUCAAAAUAUCGCUAUUAGAUUAGGAACCGAUAAAGAAUAUUUGAAAGCCAUAAGAGCCGAAGUAUGGAGAGCAAGAGGCGAAAGCACCUUGUUUGAUUGCCAAUUCUACGCCAGAGGAUUGGAAAAAUUAUACCGAAUUAUGUGGAAUAGGUUCGCAGCCGGUAAAGGCGCCGAUCAUAUUUCAGCCAACGAUACUAACUAAGUUUUUAGCUGUCGCAGCUUCUUCAAGAUCCACAUUCAGGAUCUUGUUGCUCGAUCUUGACGUGAAAAAGUGACCAAAUUUUGAGUCGAUUUUAUGCACCCGGCACGACGGGACGAAUAUUUUCCCUCCUCGAGUUGUUAGUUUUAUAUAUUUUUCCAGCGUUAUUAUCAUUAUUUAUUUAUUCAAUUUUUUUUCCAAGGGAAAUUAGUUACAAUAUCGAAUUGUAUGAUUUUGUUUCUUUUAUUGUUGGUCGUUUGUAACGGGUUCUUAUCGUCGAUCGAACGAUAUGUUUUUAAUUGGCCGGUGUCUUCCUCUGUUGUUUUUUUUUCUCAUCGAGUAGAAAGAAUACACACGUCUUGUAAUUACAUUUUGGGAGAAAUACAAAGAAAAUGAAAACAGGAAAUCGAAAUGCGUUAAAUCGCCCUCAUCGCCCUCCUCCCAAUUCCAUCUUCUGCUCGUGUCGAGAAAUACCUACCUAUAUAAACAUAAAAUCGGUAUAAUUAUCUUGUACUAGUCAACCUCUUUACCCCCUUCCCUACUCCCCCGUCCCCCCUUCAUUCCCUUCCCUUCGCUCAUUCAGCGUAUGUUUUAUGUACAAUACGAAACUUCUCUCGAUGAUGACGAUGACGCAUUGAACGUGACUUGUAUUUGUUUGUAAAAGUGCCAUGGGAUUUUUUUAUUGCUCGAAAAAUUGGCAUUUUAAAGCGUACUAGUAGAAAGAAAAAGAAUAAAGAGAGAAAUGUAUCUACGAGUAGUGAUUUUAUUUAGAGCUAUUUCAGUAUAUGUGCUGCGAAUUAUUUCGAAGGAUUUUUACUUUUUAUUGGGAAAGUAUUCGUAAUGUUGAGCAUACGUUUUGUUUUGUUUUUUUGUAUAUAUAGACAAACACAUACCUCCUGUUUUUUUUGUAGGGUUUUUUAACCAAUAAGACGUCCUCCUCAGAGUAUUUUUUUUCUCAGAACUCUCGCGGAGUAGUAGAGACGAUGGAAUAUGUACAGCGCUUGUUUUUUUUUUUCAAUUUUAUCUUCUAUAUGCAUCAAAAUCCGCUUCCAAGAUACAUAUUUCGAACGUGGUACGAUUUAUUUUAUUGUAUAUUGAAGUAGGUGUUUUUAAAUGCGUGUAUAUAGGUUUUUAUCAUAUUCGAUGAAGUUUUUUUUCAUCUCGCAGUUUGUUGACUAUGUCCCCUGAUCCUGUUUUUUUGCCCCCUUUUCUGUUGUAUUUAUUAUUUGAGCAUUUGUAAAUAAAGAUUUUUAAAUUA